GAAUGCUGUUUCUUUUUUCCCUUUUUCCUUUUUCACCUUUUUGCCUUGCCUCAUCCCUUCGCGUCUGAUGCAUGCCAAACGGCAAUUGCCGAUCCCGAUUUUCUUUUGCUUUCUUCCCCAUUGUUGCCUUGGCAAACGCCACGAAUCGCCGCCCCCCUUUCUCCUUUAGGCCCUACAACGUCGUCUCGUCGACAGAGUGCGUCCGAGUCGCUGUGGCGACCGUUGGCCAAGCAACCGGCGCUUUCGGCCGGAGCGAUCCGCGAGACGGCGUUGACACGUCGUCGGGCCGAAUUGUCGCGCCAAAUGACGCAAUCUCGAGGCCAGUCGACUUCGGCGACGGCGACGGCGACGACAGCCACGACUGCUCGGGGUCUCGUUGCCAGCGCUCGACGCGACGCGUCUGGCAUCUCAGCGCCUGCUUCCGCCUCGGAGACCGGAAGCGCAGACUUCAGGCCGUCAGACGUUGCCAGGCGCCGUUGUCCCGUCUCCGAGCCCAUCCUCCCUCGGACGCCUCACUCUCGGCUCUACCCUCCGCGCGGUCGUACCAACCUCGCCGCUCGGACCGGCAACAACAGCCCAGCAAGACAGACGGUCAUGCCGUCGUCAAGAGCCAUUGGAGCUGGGCAAACCGGGCCGAGUGGCCGUGGCAACCGAGCCAGCACAGCGCCGUCUACACCACGUCUCAGCAUGGUGCCUGAGCAUGAGUCGACCUCGAGUCGAGGUGAAUGCAACCAAAGAGUCGAAGGUCACGAGCAGCGCCCUGCAUUUGGGCAUCAGCUUUAG